UUGAAAAUAAGUAAAAUAAAAAAAAAGUUCACCUUAAACUACCCGCCGAAGAUCUCUUGUUUUUUGUCAAUUUCUCUCGAUAUUUGGCGGGACUAAAUCCUCUAGAAGUUGGUAGUGGCAUAGACCAUAGCCAGCCGCCAUGGACGACCAGGCGUGCCCGCGGUGCAAGACCACCAAGUACCGCAACCCGUCGCUGAAGUUGAUGGUCAACGUUUGCGGACACACUUUAUGCGAGUCCUGCGUGGACCUGCUCUUCUUGAAGGGAUCUGGUGCCUGCCCAGAGUGCAUGGUUCCCCUGCGCAGGAACAACUUCCGUGUGCAGCUCUUUGAGGAUCCCAUGGUGGAGAAGGAGGUGGAUAUCAGGCGUCGCAUUCUGCGAGACUAUAACAAACGGGAGGAGGACUUUGAGUCGCUGGAGGAGUACAACGACUACCUGGAGGAGAUCGAGGAUAUUGUGUACAAUCUGUGCAACAACAUUGAGAUCAUAGAGACUAACAAGCGCAUCGAGGCCUACAAGCGCGAUAACCGCGAGGUUAUACAGCGAAACAAGACGCGCGUCGGGCGCGAUGAGCACGCGCUGGAGGAGAUGCUGGAACUGGAGCGCGUGCAGGAGGAGGCGCGCAAGAAGGAGCUCGAGGAGCUGGAGAACGAGCACAAGAAGAAGAAGGCCCGGGAUAAGCAGGCUCUUAUCGAGGAGCUGAUGUACAGCGGUAAGGAUGCCGCGCAAAUCGUCACAGAGUUCGCCGAGAAGGCGGAGAAGCAGCGUGCGGAGGAGAAGCAACUACCGCCGCCGAAGCCGGCCAACGAGUUCUCUACGGGCAUCAAGUUUGGUCAGACCGCGGAUCCCACUCUGCUGCCCGUGCCCAAGUCGGAGGAGGGUCCGCUGUUCGUCUACGAGCCCCUGAUUGCCGUCACCGAUGGUCCUGACCCGCCAGAAACCAGCGAUAUCGAAUCUAUGGGCUAUACAUCGCACAUACGCUCAGAGACGCCGCAGGAGAACGCCGGCGGCUUCACCUCUGCCCUUGCCUGCGAGCGGGCGCUCCAAGAGGCGCUGCAGGGUCUUUACUACACGCCCAAUGCGGGCGUGCCAGCAGGAGGAAUCUGAACCCCCAGGCAGGGGAGCUGAAAACGAUAGAGCACAGAACGCUUACCUUGUUAAACAAAUGUGUCCUAAACGAGUCCAUUCAAAUUGUAAUCGUAUUAUAAGUAAUAUAUAAUGAAAUAAAGCUAUAUCCUACGUUGAA